UUAACCCUACAGUUACGUCCCUUGAAAAAAAUGUCGGCAACGAUGAGGUUCAUCAGUAAUUUACACAGAAUUUCAUUUAGUUUAUUAAGAAUGCAAAAAGAAUCAGUGACACUGAAAAAAAGAUUUCUUCAUUCAACAUCUACGUUAUAUUUAAGAGAAGUUAUACAGAAAACUGAGGGCAAUGUAACUACAGUUGAAGGGAGAAUGAUAGAUUCUCCAAGAAAAGACCAAGUUUUAAAAGUAGAUGAUACUGAUAAGAAAUUAUGUCCACUUUGUCGACUAAAUUUAGAUAUAAACUACACGGAUAUAAUGAUAAUUAGUCAGUUUGUUCAGGAAGAUGGUGAAGUUGUUCCAAGACAGAUUUCUGGUUUGUGUUAUCCACAACAUGCUCGUAUGAAGAAACUGAUCCAUGAAGCUCACACUGCUGGGUUGAUGCAGAAUUUGCGGCCCCAUAUUUACCCUAAAGAAUAUAGUCAGAUGUCUGAUCAUGCCUGGAAGAAAUAUAAUGUUUACUAUCAUGAUGUUAUUGAUGAUUAAUAUACCACUGUAAUAUUACAUAUUUAACAAACAAAUAAAUACACUUGAACAAUGUU